UUCCCGGGGCGAGUGGCCACAGAAUAACCAGCCAUCCAACACACCCACACGAACACACGCUCACACAGUGCACCAAGAGUUCAAGAGCGUCCGCGUGCGUUUAACAACAAUUAAGGGGAGUGGAAAUAUCUGGGGGAAGUAUUCAGUUUAUCCUUCCACUUCUCUUUUGAUCGGGACGAGGCUGUGCACGUGUCAUACUUCUAGUUGCUUUUCUUAAAGCGUCGGGCAACUUUCAAUUACGGAGAGAGACGCAGCUGUCUGUCCGCAGCGUGGGCAUGUGCCGUCUGUGAGAGGAGGCGAAGUUAGUGAGCGCAGGCAGCUACAGGUUUUAUUCGACUGGGGAUGGAGCAGGCUGAGGACGGCUGCUGAAAUCACAGGCUGGGGAUGUACCUUUGUGAGCUGUGAGGACUUUGAGAGGACUUUUGCCAGGGUUGCAGAAAAGGACAGAGUGGAAACGGAACAGGACCACUCCACACACCAUGAAGAAAGAGGACUCUGGCAGUGAGAGUCUGAAUGAAGCCGGGGCUCUGCUCUGUAUGUCUGGCAGUAAUUAUGACGGCAGAGGGAAGAGGAUUAAGGUACUAUCCCAUCCUGGGGUCCCAUUAGUGGGAUUGAUGCUGUUGGCCACCCUCCCUUUUGGAGCAAGUAUCAAACAGAGUGUCCCCAGGGUCAAACUCAGCCACAGAGAGCUGCUACAAGCUGGCAGUGUGUCUCUGUUCUUGGGCCCCUCCGAUGGCCUCCACUCCCACUCACUGCUGUUGGAUGAGGAGAGAGGUCGUCUUCUGUUAGGAGCCAGGGAUCACGUCUACCUGCUUGACCCUGACAAUCUGGCCAGAUCCCCCAGAAAGAUUCACUGGCCUGCUUCCCGAGACAGAGUUGAAAUGUGCAACCUGGCGGGCAAAAAUACACAUUUGGAGUGUGCUAACUUUGUCAGGGUGCUCCACAACUACAAUCGCACACAUGUCUAUGCCUGCGGGACAGGAGCCUUCCACCCCAACUGCGCUUUCAUUGAAAUCACAGGGCGCAGAGAGGAUGGAGUGUUCCAACUGCUGUCUAAUACGUUGGAGUCUGGCAGGUUGAAAUGUCCUUUUGAUCCCUUGCAGCCAUUCACCUCAGUCCUCACAGAUCAGUACCUGUACGCGGGCACAUCCUCAGACUUCCUGGGCAAAGACACAACAUUCACACGCUCCCUUGGCCCUCCACCUGACCAGCACUACAUACGCACAGACAUCUCUGAAGACUACUGGAUCAAUGAGGCCAGGUUUAUAUCUGCUCAUCCCAUCGCAGACACCUACAACCCAGAUGAUGAUAAAAUAUACUUUUUCUUCCGCGAGGUAUCGUGGGAAGGAAAUGACAAGAGCAUCCUGUCCAGAGUGGCUCGUGUGUGCAAGAAUGAUGUGGGUGGGCUGAGGAGUCUGACCAAUAAAUGGACCACCUUCCUCAAAGCCAGGCUCGUGUGUUCCAUCCCCGGACCAGAUGGAGUGGACACACACUUUGAUGAGCUCCAGGACAUCUUUCUGCUCCCCACGAGGGAUGACAAAAACCCCAAAGUAUAUGCAGUCUUCACCACCUCCAGCUCCAUUUUCCGUGGCUCAGCAGUGUGUGUGUACAGCAUGGUGGACAUAAGGGCCGCGUUUAACGGACCUUAUGCUCACAAAGAGGGGCCUGACCACCGAUGGGUUGAAUAUGAGGGGAGGAUACCGUAUCCACGUCCUGGAACGUGUCCCAGUAAGACAUAUGAUCCAAGGAUCAAGACCACCAAAGACUUCCCAGAUGAGGUUAUCAGUUUCAUUCGAUUCCACCCUCUGAUGUAUCGCUCUGUCUACCCUCUGACUGGUCAGCCUGUGUUCACACGUGUCCGAGUGGACUACACCUUGACUCAGAUUGUGGUGGACAGAGUUUUAGCAGAAGAUGGACACUAUGAGGUCAUGUUCCUGGGAACAGAUGCUGGCUCAGUUCUGAAGGUGGUGAGCAUCACUCAAGACAAUUCUCAACAGAGGUCAACAGAGGAAGUGGUGCUUGAAGAACUUCAAGUUUUCCAGGUUCCCACACCCAUCCUCAGUAUGGAGAUGUCUUCUAAACAGCAACAGCUCUACGUGGGUUCAAGCGAGGGGCUGGCACAGGUUUCGCUCAGUAGAUGUCACCUGUACGGCCAAGCCUGUGCUGAAUGCUGCCUAGCACGGGACCCCUACUGCGCCUGGGAUGGACACACAUGCUCACGAUACAUCCCUGCAUCUAAGAGGCGAGCCAGGAGACAAGACAUCAAGCAUGGAGACCCUGCUAGCCAGUGCUGGGACACAAUGGACAGUCUUGGCGGGGGACGGGUGGAGGAAAGGGUUCUCUUUGGGGUGCAAAGCAACUCCACCUUCCUCGAGUGUAUCCCCAAAUCUCAACAGGCCCAGAUCCGGUGGUAUAUACAGAGACCUGGAUCUGAACGCAGGGAGGAGGUCAGGUUGGACGAUCGCGUUGUACACACCGAUCGAGGACUCCUGAUUCGCUCCCUCCAUGCCUCUGAUGCUGGGAUAUAUGUCUGCGUAGCUCAAGAGCACACGCACUUCACCCACACCCUCCUUCGCCUCACACUACAACUUGUCACACAGGGCCAGCUGGACGGAAAGCCCAAGCAAAGCGAAGACCCCGCGGUAGACGUACGGCACGGCGCAGAGUCACGUCAGCGAUAUAAAGACUACCUGAGAGUGAUGAGCUCUCCUUUCAGCUCUCUGGAGGAGUACUGCGACUCACUGUGGCUGGAGAAAAGGCCAUUGAGGGCACGGGGACGAGGCUUAGGAGGCGGCAAAUGGAAACACAUCCAGGAAAUGAAGAAGAGCAGGAACAGGAGGCACCACAGAGAGAGGGAGGAAGAGAGGGGGAGAGGGAGGGUGGUGAGGGCAGCAGAACAGUGAGGCAUUAAGUAAAAAAAAUAAAUAAAUAAAUUCAGGAUUAGCUGUGUAUGUCCACCUGUUGGGUGAUGAAGUAGACAUGACACAGAACUGUAAAACUGCAAUGACAGAUCAGUCCAUGAGCAAGCAAAAUCUGAAUCAGGGUUAAUGGGGCAUGAGAGUUUAACGCUUAAAGAGUUCAAAUUGAAUAGACUAAUUUUCACAAGCAAUUUAAAGUAGUAUUAGUUUAAGAGUAUGUAACUAUGUAUGUACUGUAUGUAUCUUGUUCGGUGAAUUUCUCUGAAACUUCCAUCUUGAUUAGAGGAAAGUGCUUCAGAUGUUUUGGAUACAGCUAAAAUGAUCAUUUGUCCCGUGUGCAAGGAACAUGUUUCAGAGAAAAAAAUCAGAGACUACAUUUCUGAUAUGGGUAAAAUGGUUUUGUAUAGUCACCCACUGAAAUCUACUGCAGUUGUAGUGCUACUGUAAAUGAAGUGACUGGGUGAAAGAUUACAACAUGACCUUUAAGUACAGAUAGGUGAGUUAGAUUUUAAAAAUAUAAAUAGUAGAAGUAUAAAAAAAAGAAAAAAACAAAUGGAGUUUGCUCAUGGCGAUGACAAUGCAUUCAUGUUGAAUGACUGUAAAUAUUUGUAUGACAUGUACAGGAGAUACAGCAUGCUCAAUUUAGUCUUAUUACUGAUCUGUAUAACUAUAAUGAUAAUCAUGUAUUAUGUUUCAGUUGAAAAAAAUGGCAUAUUUUUGUACAAACAUUUAACAUAUGUACUGUAGGUUCAAUAGAUGUUUUCAUUAUUGCUGUUUUUAAUCAUUAUUUAAAUAAAUUUGUCUCAGAGGC